GGGUUGCCUCUUCCAGGCCAGGUUCCGCCCCCUGAACUCCCCUCAACUCCUUCCGCGGCGUUCCGCCAGUAUCGGCCCUGUUUGUGUAUGUGGAAUGCGGGUCAAACGGAACUUCGAGCCCAAACUGCGCCUCACCUCCAAGGCAAACGGCGGCUUGCACCCGUGGUGAAGCGGGAGCUCCUCAUGCGUGCCACCAUGAAGAGAAGUCGACAUCACAGCAGCAGUGACGACUCUGACAAUGGCAGUAAUUCCACCUGCUGGUCCCAGCAUUCAUCUCAGGCCAGGAGAGGAACCAGACAGAAACCUUCUGAGGUCUUCCGAACGGACCUGAUCACCGCCAUGAAGGUUCAUGACUCGCAGCAGCUCAACCCGGAGGACUACUACGUCCUUGCCGACCCGUGGCGGCAGGAGUGGGAGAAGGGCGUCCAGGUGCCGGUCAGCCCGCGGUCUGUCCCGCGGCCUGCGGCUCGCCGGCUGGCCGACAAAUGCGAGGAAGCGACGACCUUCAUUCGGCCCAAGAAGCUGAUAUGCACGUCGGCCGCGCAGGUCCCAGGCUACGUUGACAUCCGCACCCUGGCUGAGGGCGCCUGCCGGUAUGACCUCAACGAACAGGACGUGGCCUGGCUGACAGUGGUCAAUGAGGAAUUCCUCAAGUUGGCCCUCCCACCGUUGGACGAGGCGAGCGCGGAGCGCGCCCUGGAGGAGUUCGAGCGGCGCUGCUACGACAACAUGACGCACGCCACGGAGACGGAGGAGGGCCUGGGCAUCGAGUACGACGAGGACGUGGUCUGCGACGUCUGCCAGUCGCCCGAUGGAGAGGACAACAACGAGAUGGUCUUUUGUGACAAGUGCAACAUCUGCGUCCAUCAGGCGUGCUACGGCAUCCAGAAGGUCCCGAAGGGCAGCUGGCUGUGUCGGAUCUGCGCGCUGGGAAUCUUGCCCAAGUGCCAGUUGUGCCCCAAGAAGGGCGGCGCCAUGAAGCCCACCCGCAGCGGAACCAAGUGGGUCCAUGUCAGCUGCGCAUUGUGGAUCCCGGAGGUGAGCAUCGGGAACCCGGAGAAGAUGGAGCCCAUCACCAACGUGUCGCACAUUCCCAGCAACAGGUGGGCGCUCAACUGCUGCCUGUGUAAAGACAAGACGGGAGCCUGCAUCCAGUGCUCGGCCAAAAACUGCCGUGUGGCCUUCCACGUGACGUGCGGCCUCCACGCCGGCCUGGAGAUGACCACCAUCCUCACCCAGGACGACCAAGUCAAGUUCAAGUCCUACUGCCCCAAGCACUCUGGGCCGGAGGCCGACCGCUCCGGGGAGCGAGACGAAGAGGAGGAGGAGCAGGGCGUGGACGGGAGGGGCGAACGGCGGGUGAAUAGCAAAGGGGAUCCGGGCCCGGCCUCGUCCUCUCGCCCGCUCUGGCCUCGCGACCCGCAGGAAAUGCGCGUCAACGUCCGCAAGAUGAAGUUGCGAGAGAUGGAGGAGGUCUUUUACGAGUUUGUGGACGCCAGAGAGGUGGGGCGCCACUUGAAGAUGGCGCCUGAGACAGUGGACUUUGUAUACCAGUACUGGAAGCUGAAGCGCAAAGCCAACUUCGACCAGCCGCUGCUGACGCCCAAGAAGGACGAGGAGGAUGGCCUGGCCCGACGGGAGCAUGAGGUGCUGCUCCGACGCCUGCAGCUCUUCACUCACCUCCGUCAAGACCUGGAGAGGGUGCGCAACCUGACCUACAUGGUGACCCGACGUGAGAAGAUGAAGCGUUCCUUAUGGCGGAUUCAGGAGCAGAUCUUCCAGCAUCAACUUCAGCUCGUAGACCGGGAGACGCUCGGCGGCGGGAAGCAGUCUGAGACGGACCCGCGGCAUCUCUUCUCGUCGGACCGGCCGAACUCUCGGGCGUCCCGGUCCCCGUGGGGCCACAAGACCAAACGGCGCUCCAAGCAAGACCGGGGGAAGGCGCGCGAAAGGAAAGCCGUCUCGGAGAAGGACCCCGGAAGCCCCGCGGUCCGAGAGUCGGACCCUCGGACUGCGAACCACCUCGAAGACUCUGCGCUCGGACGGCCGGACUCCAUGAAGCGUGAGGCUGCGCCCCGGGAAAGCCGCGGCCCCAAAUGGCACAAGAAAAGCGUGCGGGGAGAGGCCCCGGGCCCCGAACGGAGGCGAGAAAAACGAGCGGAGCGCAAAAAACGGCGGCGGCCCGAGGUUUUCCCCGAGGGCUCCGAACAACUUGACAGGACCGUCUCGGUCCGGCUGGUGGACAUCAGGUCGUCGGAGGGCGGAGAAAGGAGCUCGGGGAAGUUGCCGCCGGCAGCCAAAGGUUGGGGCGAGUUCCGAAUCCCCAAGCGGCGCGACGGCUCGGAGCUUCGGCCGCUCACCAACACGCCGCCGGGGCCCCAGCGACGCCCCAGGACCGGGCUGCGCACGGGGUCCGAGAACGAGGGCCUGAAAAGGUGCCGCUCGCGCCGGCCGAGGGGCGACGCCUCCCUCGCCCGCCGCUACGGCACCGACGUCAUCUGCCGCGGCGUCCUGGCGUCGUGACAAAAAUAGAAUCAAAGAUAAGCCGCUUUUAUUUUUCUGGUGAAAAUGUCUUGACGAGAGCUGAUAUUUAUUUUUUAUGUGUAACAAACGUUAUUUUCAGAAGUCGUUUUGCACCGGGCGGGGCAGGAAGCGGCCAUUUUACCGUUGGCUCCACGUUAGCACUUAAGUGUCGUUGAAAUAGCAGCGCCGCCGCGUGCCUCACUUAUUUCAAGGGUUUGCACUACCAGCGGCCACACUUAUUUUUACACUGAAGAGUAACUUUGAAAAGAGAUAUUUUCUAUCCCAAGCUGUUGCUGCUGCUGUACUACUGUUUGUUUUGAUUGUUUUUGUCUGAAAGAGGAAUAAACAUCUCUGGAGGAAAGACAUGGAUAUUUCUAUUGAUUGAAGAAAAAAAAAAUGCUUUUAAUCAUUCUAAAUGCUCAGACUUCAUAAUGUAUUGACAUGACACAUUCCCCAUUCACUGCGUCACGCCUUCCCAAAAAAGUACAAAAG